AUGUCAAUUCCAAGUUUAGAAUUCGACCCAAAUACUAAAGUUACCUUAGAAGAUUUACACGCUCAACCCAGUAAAUUGGGUUUAAAAUUACAACCUGAAGAGGUUGAUGAUUAUUAUACUAUGCUUUGUGCUUUUGAAAAUUCAAUUCAAAACAUCUUAGCCUUAGAUGAUUAUUAUUUACCUACUGACCUUGAAAGAUUCAAAAGAGAAAAUGUCUAUUAUCCUUCAAAGGAAGAAAAUCCAAAAGGUGGAUGGGCCUAUAAGGUUACUAUCGUUGAUAGUAAACCAGAAUUAGAAGAAGCUAGACCUUUGGAAGGGAAGACCAUUUGUAUGAAGGAUUGUAUUGAUAUUGCCACGGUCCCUCAAAUCUUUGGUACUGAUGCUUUUGAACCAUUUGUUCCUGAUGCUGAUGCUACAGUAGUUACUAGAUCUUUGAAAAGCGGAGCUAAGGUUGUUGGUUUAGCCACUUGUGAGAAUCAAAGUUCAAGUACUGCAUCUAAUACUGCAAGUACUGGUAAUGUCGAGAACCCUUAUUGUGAUGGAUAUUCUGCUGGGGGUUCAUCAAGUGGUUGUGGAUAUCUUGUUGGUAGUGGGGAAGUUGAUUUAGCUGUCGGAUGUGAUCAAGGUGGAAGUAUUAGAGUUCCAUCCGCUCAUUGUGGUAUUGUCGGGUUCAAGCCAACUUUUGGUCUUGUUCCAUACAGUGGUAUUGGAUCUUUAGAAACCAACAUUGAUCAUGCAGGUCCAAUGACUAAAACUGUUCUUGAUAAUUGUUUAUUACUUGAAGUUCUUGCUGGAAGAGAUGGCUUCGAUGAUAGACAAGAUGGUGCUCCAUUACCUAAAGAUAUUCCAAAAUAUAAAGAAAUCACUGAAAAGUCUUCCAUUAAAGGAAUGAAAAUCGGUAUCUUAAAGGAAGCUUUGGAAGUUCCUGCUAUGACUGAAGCUAUGAGAGAAAAAUUCUUAGAAACUGCUAAAAUGUUUGAAUCUCUUGGAGCUGAAGUUAUUGAAAUCUCCAUUCCAACUCAUAAAGUUGCUCCCGAAGUUUGGGCUGUUGGUCAAAGACAAGCAGGUGCCUUAAGAAAAAUGGGACUUCAAGGAGGUCGUAGAAUCUUAAAAUCUACCAGAAAUUUCGAUCAUACUUUACCAUGGACUCAAGAAUCUUUUGAUAAGACUCCACCUCCAGUUAAGAAUGGUAUUAUCAAUGGUUUAUAUAUGGCAGAGAAAUACCCAAGUUUAUACACCAAAUGUAUCAACUUGAGUUUAAAAGCUACUGCUGAUUAUAACAAAGCCUUAGAACAAGUUGAUGUAUUGAUUACUCCAACUGUUCCAAAAGUUGCCCCACCUCACGGUAUUAGAGAUGAUAGUCCGCUUGAAUUGAUCAAGUACACUAUUGGAUUAAAUGCCAAUACAGGUAUUUUCAAUAUUACUGGACAUCCAGCUCUUUCUUUACCUGUUGGAUUCUUACCAGCAGCCAAUCAUCCAGAUGUUAAAUUACCUGUUGGUUUACAAAUCAUUGGUAAACAUUAUGAUGAAUUAUCAAUCUAUAGAGCUGCUUAUGGGUGGGAAAAGGCCUAUAAUUGGAAAGAUUAUUGA